AUGAUGCCCAUUUACAAGAAGGGUUGUAAGGAUGAUCCUGGGAACUACAGACCUGUCAGUCUGACCUUAGUGCCAGGGAAAGUUAUGGAGCAGGUCGUCCUGAGUGCCGUCACUUGGCACAAAAUGGGUAUGUGGGAUGCAAAGUGGAAGGAGGUUAAACAGGAGUUCAUCUUUACUUUAGAUAGCACUGUUAAUAACCACAAGGAGGCUGCAAAUCUGAAGGAGGAGAGAGGUGGAUAUAUAUGGCUCCCUUUUUUAGACACUGGAUACUUCUUUUAUCACAAUGGCAUUGCCAAGGCCAGGAGAAGACGCAGUCUUCAACACAAGCUUCAUCUGGAAAAGGACUCCAGGGUAAGGAAAGCUGUGCAACAGGAAGGCUUCAGCAGAAGGAAGCGAGGAUAUAGAGACAUCAAUGACAUUGACAUCAACAUGAAUGAUCCUUUAUUUACAAAGCAAUGGUACCUGAUUAACACUGGUCAAGCAGAUGGGACUCCUGGACUUGACCUUAAUGUAGCUGAAGCAUGGGAGCUGGGAUAUACGGGGAAGGGAGUUACCAUCGGAAUUAUGGAUGAUGGAAUUGAUUAUCUGCAUCCUGAUCUUGCUUCAAAUUAUAAUGCCCAAGCCAGCUACGACUUCAGCAGUAAUGAUCCCUACCCGUACCCACGCUACACAGAUGACUGGUUUAACAGCCAUGGGACAAGGUGUGCAGGAGAGGUGUCUGCUGCUGCAAACAACAACAUCUGCGGCGUGGGAGUUGCCUACAACUCCAAGGUGGCAGGUAUUCGAAUGCUCGACCAGCCUUUUAUGACAGACAUUAUUGAGGCUUCCUCUAUCAGUCAUAUGCCUCAAGUCAUAGAUAUCUAUAGUGCCAGCUGGGGACCAACUGAUAAUGGAAAGACUGUGGAUGGACCUAGAGAGCUAACACUGCAAGCAAUGGCAGAUGGUGUGAACAAGGGCCGAGGUGGCAAAGGAAGCAUCUAUGUCUGGGCCUCUGGAGAUGGAGGCAGCUAUGAUGACUGUAACUGUGAUGGUUAUGCCUCGAGCAUGUGGACAAUCUCUAUCAAUUCUGCCAUAAACGAUGGACGGACAGCUCUGUAUGAUGAAAGCUGCUCUUCAACCUUAGCCUCCACCUUUAGUAAUGGGAGGAAGAGAAAUCCAGAGGCUGGCGUGGCUACAACAGAUUUGUAUGGCAACUGCACCCUGCGUCACUCAGGAACUUCUGCAGCCGCUCCUGAAGCGGCUGGAGUGUUCGCCUUGGCCCUGGAGGCUAACUUGGAUCUGACCUGGAGAGACAUGCAGCACUUGACAGUGCUCACCUCCAAGAGGAACCAGCUUCAUGAUGAGGUUCAUCAAUGGCGUAGAAAUGGUGUUGGGCUGGAAUUCAACCAUUUGUUUGGCUACGGUGUCCUAGAUGCAGGAGCAAUGGUUAAGAUGGCAAAAGACUGGAAGACUGUUCCUGAGAGAUUCCAUUGUGUGGGAGGGUCAAUACAGGAACCUGAGAAGAUACCACCAACUGGCAAGCUGGUCCUCACACUUACCACUGAUGCUUGUGAGGGGAAGGAAAACUUUGUCCGAUACCUUGAACACGUCCAAGCAGUUAUAACCGUGAAUUCCACCAGGCGAGGAGACCUCAACAUCAACAUGACCUCGCCCAUGGGAACCAAGUCUAUUCUACUGAGCCGGCGCCCCAGGGAUGACGACUCCAAGGUGGGUUUUGACAAAUGGCCGUUCAUGACCACACACACUUGGGGAGAAGACCCUCGAGGCACCUGGGCUCUGGAGAUUGGGUUUGUCGGCAGCCUGCCCCAGCGGGGUGUGCUGAAGGAGUGGACACUGAUGCUGCACGGGACUCAGAGCGCACCGUACAUAGACCAAAUAGUAAAAGAUUAUCAGUCCAAACUAGCCAUGUCCAAGAAGGAAGAGCUGGAAGAAGAAUUAGAUGAAGCAGUGGAGAGAAGCUUGAAGAGUAUACUGAGCAAGAACUAGUACUGUUCUGCAUGACGGUGUCUUUCCUUCCCCAGAUCCCUCUACUCACCUUUCUACUAUCCAAACCUCUGUGUUAGACAUAUUACAAUGAUUGUCUCUGUAGCCAAAUUAUCACACUUUCUUGAUUUUAAAGUCUUAUAUCUCGUCAAUAAUUAUUUUAAUUACCACUGAAGCAAUCCUUUUUUACUCUUAAGUCACAAGUAUACUGUCCCCCACCAAAUACUAUGUACAGUUUGUGACUGUAAAUUAUUUUUCUUUUGUGUCAUACAAAUA